AUGAACGCCUCCAAAGCCCACCAAGAUAUCCAACAUGUCGUUCGAGACCUGCUCUCCAGAGACCCGGUCAAGUUCAACUCGACCAUCAAUGCCUACUUUGCCGGGAGCUCCACAUACCAAGGCAGAGGGCUCAAGAUCGAGGGCGCCAGCCAGAUCAAGCAUACCGCAUACUUGCUCAACGUCCUCGACUUUGGCUCCGCAGCAGACAUUGACGAUAGAGACAUUCGUUGGGACGCUGCAAGCUCGACUGCUAUCGUCAAGGCCACCCGCUACGUUCGCCCCUUCUUCUUCCCGCUCUUCUCUUUCGCAGUGCCUACGAAAGUGGUGCUCAAUUUCAACGCCGAGGAAGGUGCCAAAAAGACACUCUACUGCACCCAGUGGAGGGACGAAUGGCCAUUGGAGCAGGUGAUCCGAAGCGUGCCCGUUGUACGCACCCUGUACGGCUCUCUGCUAGUGCCGCUGCUGACCCUCGUCUUCCUCUGGGCCAGCAACGUGGCUUUCUGGCUCCAUUCCAAGGUCGAGUUGGUGGAGUACCGCUACGCCCGGCAGGCCAAUGAGGCCUUCCAGCGCAAGAUUCAGCCCCGUCUUCCUCCCAGCCUCGUCAAGGGAUUCGACGCCGGCGUCCAAACUGCCGAACAUGUUCGCCAGCAUGGCGCUCAUGUUGUCUCUCGCGUGACACACGGACCUUUGAGACUCGUCGAAGACUUGGCCCGCACGACAACGGUGGUGUUCAAUCUCGCCCUUCCUCAUCAGCUGCAGCUGCCUUAUCCCUCUGUCUUCAGCCAAGGCAGUGGCACCGGACGGGCCGAAUCGUCCAAGCUCAAAUCUCAGGUCCGCCAGAUGGCCAAGAAGGUGUCCGACAUGGCCACCGAUGCUGUGAAAGUUGCCUCAAACAAGACGCAAGAGGCGACCAACGUGGACAUCGAAGGACCUCACUCUCCAAAGAGCAAGGUCUCUGGUGCUUCGACUGGCGAAAAUAAGCACAAAGAUGGUGAACAGUCCAACAAGCAGCACUCGACCGAUGAAGCGCAGACCGACCGACCCACGCCCGAUCAGGCCGGUGGAAACGGCACAGAGGAGCGUCCCCACGCCACAGUCGUGGUGGGCGCCUCGGAAGACGGUACGCAGCAUCCGCAGGCCAAAGAGAUCGACAUCGUCACCCAUGAGGUGCACGAGCACGGACAUGCUCAUGCUGACUCGGCAAAGCAGUCUCUCUAUGAUGUACUCAAGAAGGACAAUCAGCUGCCAGGUGGUGGCGGUGGUAGUGGUGGCGGCAAUGGCGGUAAGAAGGCGUCGCACAAGAAGAAGAGCAAGAAUGGAGGCCGCAAGUGA